AUGAUGAUUUCAGAGGAUGUGGAGGAGGAAUUGUUUCGUUUGGGUGCCUCCUCCGACACGAUCAAAAAACUCCAAGAGUUUGAUGACAUGGUGCACGAGCCGAUGUCAGGCAACCUCGACGGGUCAAUCCGCACCAAGGCUUUGCGUUGCAUGUUCAAAAUGCUUCAGGCAAAUGGCUUGGCUGGGGAAAACACGUGGUUCAAGGCGGCCCUCCUUCUUGAUCGCUUGACGGCAAGCAGCUUCUUCCGCUUAGAACAGCUGCCGCUGACCUGCGUGUGCUUGACCAAGCUUGUCGUGAAGUGCAUCUCCAGUGUGCCGAAGAUGGCACAUGAGGAAGACCCCAGUAUGAUCCUGAUCAAAGACUUUGCCACAUGGCUCGACUCCACGCAGAGCUCGGCGACUUCGGCAGUGUCCCUCGAGGCACUGAGGCUGCAUGAGGAGAAGGUCUUGGGUGCACUCGACUGGCAGGUGGAAGUUGCCUGCACGGAAAAGUGGUGCCUUGUCUACUUCACUCGCUUCGGACUGGUGGGCCGGGAGUUCCAGGCUCCUGUCCGGCAGUUGCAUGCACAGGCUCUGCUGCUUGCGCGCGCCGUGAUGAUGUGCUUUCCGAUGCUGAGCCACAAGAAGCUGGCCGCUGGACUGUUUUGCCUGAGCUUCGUGUACUCGGGCUUACUGCCAAUGGCCAGCUUGAUGCCUUCGGACAUGAAUGCCGCGGAGUGGAGCGCGCUUUUGGCAGCCACCGGGAAUGUGCCUCAAUGCCGUUUGCCGCAGGCGAUGACUUUGCGGCUUAUGCACAUGAUCUGCCUGGCCAUGAAAGAAGGGUGGGAAGACAUCCGCGCUUGGUCAAGGCAAACAGUAGAAACCUUGGGCGAAACAUUUCGUCAAGUUCGCAUGUUUCACGAUGGGCAAGGGCCGUGGAAUGCCUAG